CGGCGGCGAGAGGCGGCGCGGCGACCUGGGUGUCUUUCAGCGGUGUCUGUUUUGGGCGGCGAGAGCGGCUUUUUGGGAGGCAGGGCAGCGGCAGGAGGCAGGAGCGCGGCGAGCGCAGCGGGCAGAGAAUGGCGGUGAGGCGGCGGCAGAGGCGCGGGCCGGGCGGCGGGCGAGCGCUGCUGGCCGCGCUGCUGCUGUGCGUGUGGUGCCGGGCGGCGGCCGAGCGGCUCCGCUACGCCAUCCCCGAGGAGCUGGCCAGAGGCUCGCUCGUGGGGCCGCUGGCGCGGGACCUGGGGCUCAGCGCGGACCAGCUGCCGGCGCGCAAGCUGCAGGUGGCGUCUGCCGGCAAGAAGCAGCUGAAAUACUUCAUGGUGAAUGAGGAGAACGGGAACCUGUACGUGAACGAGAGGCUGGACCGGGAGGAGAUGUGCGGCGACUCGGCGACCUGCUCCGUCAGCUUCGAGGUGCUGGUGCACAACCCGCUGAAUGUUUUCCGCGUCGAGGUGUCCAUCGAGGAUGUGAAUGACAAUUCCCCGGCCUUCAGCAAGGCUGUUCUGGAACUAGAGAUUGGUGAAUGGACUCUUCCCGGUGCUCGUUUUCCGCUGGAGAUGGCCCAAGAUGCUGACGUAGGAAGCAACUCGCUGCUGACUUACCAGCUCACCAGCAACCCAUCUUUCUCUCUGUCCAUAAAGGAGAGCCCUGACGGAAGCAAGCAGCCGGAAUUAGUGCUGGAGAGAGCGUUGGAUCGGGAGAAGCAGAGCUCCUUUGAGCUGGUGCUGACGGCAGUGGAUGGCGGGGAACCCACGAGGUCUGGGGCUGUCCAGAUUCGGGUCAACGUGACCGACGCAAAUGACAACCCACCCGUGUUCAGCAAAACCAUCUACGAGGCACGAUUUGCAGAGAAUCUGCCGGCAGGGUCUCUGGUGCUGCGGGUGCGGGCAACAGAUGCGGACGCGGGCACUAAUGGGCGAGUCUCGUACUCCUUCAGCAACAUCCAGGCGCCAUCAGUUCUUUGUUCACUGUGGACAGCGAUAGCGGGGAGAUAAGGACGGCGGGUCCACUCGAUUUCGAGGAGAAGAGUAAAUACAGCUUCGGUUUGGAGGCGAGAGACGGCGGGGGCUUGGUAUCACACUGCAAGGUGCAAAUAGACGUCACGGACGAGAACGACAACGCGCCCGAG